AUGACCGAUUCUGCAACAACAACAAAUCUCAGUAUUCCAUUUCCUGAACCUCGAAAUGCUCAAGAACUUGUUAAUUUAGUUCAAACAACAAUCACACAAAUUCAAGAUCGAUUUGGGCAAAUGAGUGACUCAAUUAUGUCUAGAAUUGAUGAUUGUGGCCAACGAAUUGAUACCCUCGAACGUAAUGUUGCACACGUUAUUUCUCAAAGAAAUGCUCAAUGA